AUGCUCUGGAUCGACCUGUACGACAUUGUGUUCCAGUUCCUACCAAUAUUCUGCGACUUUGCACAGCUAUUGAAGAGGAGUGGGACAACAGGCCACAAUCAACAGCCUGAUCAACUCUAUGCAGAGGAGAUGUCACGCUGCAUGAGGCAAAUGGUGGCCGUUCGUUCCUAUGAUUCUCUCAUCUUGAAGGCUGAAGGAAAAGUGGAGCCAGAGUUAUUCUGCCAGCUAGGCCACUUCAACCUCCUCCUGGAGGAGUACGCUAAAGCAUUAUCAGCAUACCAGAGGUACUACAGCUUACAAUCCGACUACUGGAAGAAUGCUGCCUUCCUAUAUGGCCUGGGCAUGGUCUACUUCCAUUACAACGCCUUUCAGUGGGCGAUUAAAGCUUUCCAGGAGGUGCUCUACAUCGACCCCAGUUUCUCACGAGCCAAGGAGAUCCACCUGCGACUCGGCCUCAUGUUUAAGGUCAACACCGACUACGAGUCAAGCCUAAAGCAUUUCCAGCUGGCUUUGAUUGACUCCAACCCCUGCACUUUGUCCAAAGCUGAAAAUCUUCUCCAAGUCAUUAAGGUUUCGAGGCUGACAUUUGGCAACUCGAACCUUCAGCUCCCUCCACAGAUGUUCUAUGGGAAUAAGGUCUGGAGACUGGCUAGGCCACUCCAGGACCUUAAUGUGAGUCUUCUUGAGCCAUUCCUUUGUUGCCUUGGCCGUGUGUUUUGGGUCAUUGUCAUGCUGGAAUACCCAUCCACGACCCAUUUUCAAUGCCCUGGCUGAGGGAAGGAGGUUCUCACCCAAAAUUUGACGGUACAUGGCCCCGUCCAUCGUCCCUUUGAUGCGGUGAAGUUGUCCUGUCCCCUUAGCAGAAAAACACCCCCAAAGCAUAAUGUUUCCACUUCCAUGUUUGACGGUGGGGAUGGUGUUCUUGGGGUCAUAGGCAGCGUUCCUCCUCCAAACACGGCAAGUUGAGUUGAUGCCAAAUAGCUCCAUUUUGGUCUCAUCUGACCAAAACACUUUCACCCAGUUGUCCUCUGAAUCAUUCAGAUGUUCAUUGGCAAACUUCAGACGGGCAUGUAUAUGUGCUUUCUUGAGCAGGGGGACCUUGUGGGCGCUGCAGGAUUUCAGUUCUUCACGGUGUAGUGUGUUACCAAUUGUUUUCUUGGUGACUAUGGUCCCAGCUGUCUUGAGAUCAUUGACAAGAUCCUCCCAUGUAGUUCUGGGCUGAUUACUCACCGUUCUCAUGAUCAUUGCAACUCCACAAGGUGAGAUCUUGCAUGGAGCCCCAGGCCGAGGGAGAUGGACAGUUCUUUUGUGUUUCUUCCAUUUGCGAAUAAUUGCACCAACUGUUGUCACCUUCUCACCAAUCUGCUUGGCGAUGGUUUUGUAGCCCAUUCCAGCCCUGUGUAGGUCUACAAUCUUGUCCAUGACAUCCUUGGAGAGCUCUUUGGUCUUGGCCACGAUGGAGAGUUUGGAAUCUGAUUGAUUGCUUCUGUGGACAGGUCUUUUAUAUAGGUAACAAGCUGAGAUUAGGAGCACUCUCAGAGUGUGCUCCUAAUCUCAGCUCGUUACCUGUAUAAAAUACACCUGGGAGCCAGAAAUCUUUCUGAUUGAGAGGUUUCCCUCAUUAAAAUGCAAAUCAAUUUAUAACAUUUAUGACAUGCGUUUUUCUGGAUUUUUUUGUUGCUAUUCUGUCACUGUUCAAAUAAACCUACCAUUAAAAUUA